AUGGUGAGAAGAAGAAGCAGUGUUCCUGUUCGAGGAUUUACGAAUCUAGUUCAAGAAUCAUGGAAGAAAGGAUUAAACUUGGAGGAGAUCGUAAAUGAGCUACGUUCCAAGAACCGUGAAUGCGUUCGAAAGAGCCCAAAGAACCUCAUGGUCAAAGUCAAACAAAUCGUAAAAUCACUGAGUAACGAAGAAGAGGAAAGUAAUGGAAUUAGGAAGAAACAGAGACUAAAUGAUCCAGAACAGAGGAAUUCAGAUUUUGAUAUAUCAUCAGGAAUAGACGAGUUGGAUUCAUUUUCUGGAAACGAUGAUCUGCAGUUUGAUAUCACCAACGAUGGUCUACGAGCUUCCUACUCUAAUAAAUCAAGAACUAGGCUUUUGCGUGUAGAGGAGAAAACGAAGAAGACAGAGAGAGGUAAGAGUUGUGAUGUAGAGGUUAAAGGACCGACUUUUAAGGACUUUGGUGGGUUAAAGGAUGUGGUGGAUGAGAUGAAUCGGUAUGUAAAACGUCCUCUUUUGUUUCCUGACAUAGUACAAGGUCUUGGUCUGAAACCACUUUCUGGUCUCUUACUUCAUGGUCCACCUGGUGGUGGCAAGUCCACACUGGCUUAUGCAAUCGCCAACGAAGCUGGUGUACCUUUUUAUAUGCUUUCUGCUUCUGAAUUGGUUUCUGGUGUUUUCGGUACGAUCGAUGUAACAUCCCUGACCCGGAUUAGGUCAACGUUGACCCGAUUGGCCGCGCAACAAUCAAACAAGAACAUGCGCAACCAACCGUAG